AUGGCCCUGGUGCGGAAGAAACUCGAUGACAAAAUACUGAAAACGUUGCGGGAGCUGGUUGGCGUUGGUGGAAACAAAGAAUGCUUCGAUUGUGGCCAGAAAGGGCCAACCUACAUCAACAUGACCAUCGGUUCCUUCGUAUGCACCAGCUGCUCCGGAAUACUAAGAGGAAUUACGCCACCGCACCGUGUGAAAUCGAUAUCUAUGGCCACGUUCACCCAAGACGAAAUCGAAUUCCUGAAACAGAACGGCAACGACAACUGCAGUCGCACUUGGUUGGGCCUUUGGGAUCCGAAGCGUGCGAUCAAGCAGGAACAUCGUGAUUUUAUGAUAGACAAAUACGAAAGAAAAAGAUACUAUUUGGAGCCAGCUAGUCCACUGAAGUCGUUGCCCACCAACACGUCGAGCUCGCUGACGUCACUCUCGGGUGGAAGCAAUAAGAAUGCCAAUGAAAGUUCAGUUCCUCUUAAAACGCCUACGCUGACGCCUCCGGCCACGCUACGAUUAAAUCGAACCAAUUCCGGCUCGUGUAACGGACUGAACAAUGUCAACUCAUCGACGUCAUCGUUGACCAGUGCGUCGGGUGUUGGGACCCAAUUUCAACAGCAGUUUACACCGGACGAUAGUGGCUUUUUCGGUUCGGAUCCGCCCAAAAUUCUGCCCCCGACACCGCAGAAAAACCACGUGCUUCAGCGAAAGAAUGGCAUUAAGAUCAAGCAUCCGUCCAAUGGGUUGCCACCGACGUACGAGCGCAACCAGAAGAACGGUUUGCUGAGCAAUCGCAGUACAGCUGGCAGUCUAACGGGAAGCAGUGGCGACAUUAAUGCCAAUAAGUUUACACCAGAUGCCGACUUUGUGGCCGACUUUGGCAGCGCAACCAUCGUCAACAACGUCAGCAACGGGGGAAGCCAUUACGGUAGCACGAGCAGUCUUAAGAAUGGCAACAAUGGCACUAGUAGUGAGAACGGGUUUUAUGCACAGCACAACGGAACUAACGGGAAGGCAUCCAAUAGGGAGAUGGAAAAUUUCGCAGAUUUCGACCACAAUCCGAUCUUCAAUUCAGCAGAAAACAUGAAAACCUACUUCAGUUGCAACAGUAUCGACAGUAGCACUACUAACAGCGUCAGCAGUGCGGCCAGUGUGCAAAGCCUGAACGGGUCUGAUCCAUUCGCGAACUUUUACUCAAACACCACUGUCUUAGGCAACGCGACGGAAUCCAACGCUGGCACUCCCACAGCCUCAUCUGGCUCGGCAUCCACGGCAAUGUCCGUGCAUGGCGUUGGUUAUACAUGUAUGUCCCCGGAUGAAAAUGCGCACGGAAAGAAUCAUACCAGCUUUGGAUUUGGUGGCACUUUCACCGGUGAGCCUCGUUAUCCGAGUGACGAGUACUGCAUGGACGGUAGCAAUGGCACCGUUGCAGGUUACGCUCACUUUAAUUACACCCAGCCAUGGGGAGGAAAUGGUAGCUUGAAGAAGGCGGAUUUCAGCACCGUGGGGAACACCGCGAGAAUAAAUCACUUCAAUAAUAAUGCAGGCAACGAGUACGCCCAUCACGACAACGUGCAAUGGAAUUUUUGGCAACAGUUCGGGAACAACUGUUGGCCAACUGAUGAACGUCAGCAGCAACUACAUCGGCAGCAGCAACAGUUCCGGCAGAGUAGUGCUGUGCAGAUGUUAAGCCCUCAGCACCACACAACUGGCCAUGUUAAUUUUUGCUCAGAUCAAAACCGAUGGAGUCUUCCGAUGGCGUUUGGUGGGAACAAUCCAGAAAGCAACGUUAUCAAUGGCAAGAACAAUAAUUCGUCAAUUAAUUCAACACCGUCCGUUGAUCGAUACGCAGCAUUGAAAGAUUUGGACGACCAAUUUCGAGAGAUCAAGCUAGAACAGCAAGCUGAAGCAAACAAUAACACAAUAACGACUAAUGGCUUGGCGAAUGCAUCCAGCACAAACGACACAGUUACUCAAGUAUCAUCGGCAAACCCGUUCAAAACGGCUAACCCGUUCCAGCAGCAUUCGCAACAGCAAACGCAACAACAAUCGAUGGCUUGGCCAAUCAGUGCCAUCAACGGCACGACAGCGGAUGUACGACACCAAACGGCCUCUGUGGCAGUGAAUGGAACUGGAUUCUAUGCUACGUCACCGUACCAGGGCGGCGGUUUUGUGCAGGGAGCUAGUCCGCAUCCCUUCAACGGUAACGUCACCAACGGAGGUGUGAGUUAUCUUCCUGCGGCAGGUUACCACCCGAACGGUAAUGGAUAUCCGGGAGUAACCGGAGCGAACGGUGGUAUGAUGGGCGGCCAGUUCAAUGUGACAACAAACGGCAGUGCAACGCUGUUGAACGGCGUUCCCGGUGUGUCUAAUCCGGUGCAUCAUUUUGGGAACUUUGGCAACCCAUUCAUGGCUGCUGGUACUACGGCGGGCAACUCGAAUAAUCCCUUCUUAUGAGUAGCUUCAUAAGCUUCAUGUAUAGAUAGUAAAUUAUACAUUUUACG